GCCAGGAAACAACCGCGAACUCACACUUGGCUCGCCGGGAACCUACCCGUGAUUGGCUGGGCACGCCCCCACGCCCAACCAUAGUGUUCCUCGCGACGCCUUGGCCCGGUCCCUCCGGCACAGACGAACGCAGCAGUCGGCAUGGCCAAAAAACAAUCUUGCUCGCCUUCGAUUCCUCCGUCUAUAUUUAGCACCUUUCCAUACAGCAUUGACCAUGUCUCGGUUGCCACUCGCUGCAGCAGCCUUCGGCGUCUACGCUUCCGCCAGCUUUGCCGUGCUGAGGCAAGUCGCCCUCGCUGUUCCCGAGCCGUACAUGGACGAGAUAUUCCACAUUCCGCAGGCGCAGCGCUAUUGCGCAGGCUCGUUCCACGAAUGGGACCCCAAGCUGACCACGCCGCCCGGUCUAUACUUGGUGUCGCUCGUGCCCGCGUGGGCGCUGGGCAUCAACCCGUGCUCCGUCGAUAUGCUGCGCACCACUAACUGGGUACUCGGGCUGGCAUUGUUCUGGACCACCCACUUCCUUGUCACCCGCCACAGCCUGCCGCAGGCCUCGGCGCUGAAUUCCGCAUUGCUAACACUGGCCUUGGCGCUCUUUCCAGUCACGUUUUUCCUCCACCACCUGUACUAUACGGACACGGGCUCGCUGCUGUUUGUGCUCCUGGCCUAUGCACUGAGCCUCCAGGGGCAGCAUGCGCUGGCCGGGCUCUCUGGGUUUGUGUCGCUGUGGUUCCGCCAGACGAACGUCGUGUGGGUCGCCUUCAUCGGCUUCUCGGCAGCACUGACCAGCAUCCAGCGCAAACAAGGGAUCGCCGAAUCCAGCCUGAAGCAGUCCCUAGUCCAGCUGCUCAAGUGGGUGUUGCGAUUCGACCGACAUGUACUGUCGAUCCUGCAGCUUCUCACUCCGUACAUGGCGGUGGUGGGCAUGUUUGCUGUGUUUCUGUAUGUCAACCAGGGCAUUGUGCUUGGCGAUAAGAGCCACCAUGAGGCUGGCACCCACCUGCCGCAGAUGUUUUACUUUUGCUCGUAUGCUGUUGGCAUCUCUGCGCCCUCCAUCGUGCUCUCUGCCAGUCCGCUGCAGUUUGCCCGUCGCCUCAAAUCCCGGUAGGUAGAUCUCCCCACUAUUUUUAAGCCAGACCAUCACACAGGCAUGACUUGCUACGUCCCACAGAACCAAAACAACUUUUG